AUGGAGCCCGAAUUCCACAUAAACCAGCGCCUCUCCUUCACCCCGGGCCAGGCCUACACCGCCGCGCGCUGCACCGUCCGCUACUCCGGCCCCGUCGACGGCACAACCGGCACCUGGCUCGGCGUUGAGUGGGACGUCGAGGGCAAAGGAAAACACUCUGGCGUGCACGGCGGGAAGGAGUACUUCAAAUGCAAAGCACCCGGCAACGCAUCCUUCAUCCGCACCACCCGCCGCCCCGACGAUACACUGAGCUUUCUCGAGGGCCUGCGGCGGAAAUACACGACGGCCGACGACCCGCCGGAUGCACAUGCGGUGCUGUCGCUCACCGCCAACAAGGUGUUUGAGGAGGUGGGCUUCGAGAAGAUACAGAAGAAGCUGGGGCAGCUGAAGGAGCUGAAGAUUGUCAUUCUGGAUGGCCUGUGUUUGGCGAGGGCCGACGCGGCGGGGGAGAUUGCCGAGACGUGUCCUAAGAUUGAGGAGCUGGAUUUGAGCAGGAAUUUGUUUGAGGACUUGCAGACGGUUGCGAGUAUCUGUGCAGCGCUGCCGCACUUGAGGUCCUUGAAGAUUAGUGGAAACCGCUUCUCGUCACUAGAAGUCGAGAGAGUGCCCGGCCAGCCAUCCCCGUUUGAAGGCGUGACAUCGCUGGAAAUCAGCAAUACCUAUCUCACCUGGGACGAGACAACGCAAAUCCUCACCCACUUCCCAAACAUCCAGACGCUUGAGUCGUCACUAAACCGCAUCUCCACCAUCCCCGCUAACAUCUCCCUCCCGCCCACAAUCACAACCCUCAACCUCGAGCGCAACACCUUCACAUCCCUCACCGCCGUGCUCCCACUCACAUCCCUGCCGGCGCUGUCACGCCUAAUCCUUGCCCACAACCUCAUCACCGCCAUCCUCGACCCCGCCUCAGAAACGACUCCCCCAACACAGGCGUUUAAAACACUAACCCACCUAGACCUAACCUACAACCACCUCCCCACCUUCCCGCACCUUGACGCACUUCCGCAGCUCUUCCCACAGCUGACGUCAAUCCGCCUCUCCCACAACCCUUUCUACUCCCUUCUCCCCCGCGAGGAGGCACACAUGCUCACCCUCGCGCGACUCCCCGAACAUGUCUCGAUGCUGAACCAUACCCGCGUCUUACCGGCGGAAAGGCAGAACGCGGAGAUGUACUACCUGGGCCGCAUUGCGAAGGAGCUGGCGGCCGUGGGGGAGACUGAGGAGGAGGAGGUGCUCCGACGGCAUGGCAGAUGGGGGGUAUUGUGUGAGCUGUAUGGCGCACCGCGGAUAGAUCGCGCCACGGCACUGGAAAAGCGGUGUUUGGGCGCGCGGCUGGUAAAGGUUGAGUUUGUUAAUGGAGAGAAGAAAGUGGUGAGGGGGGUGCCGAGGGGGAUGGCGGUGUCGACAGUGAGGGCGUUGGUGGCGAGGUGGUUUGGGGUGGAGCCGUUGGGGGUGGGAUUGUGGCUUUUGGUGGAUGGGGAGGAGGGAGGGGAGGGGGCGAGGGUCGCGUUAGAGGAUGGGGUGAGGGAGCUGGGGUAUUAUGUCGAGGGGAAGGAGGGGACGGUGUUAGUGGGGGCGUAG